AUGGGUUUUCCGGAGUACGAGAAUGACAUUCACCAUGACGCCCCCACCGGCGAUGCUUCCACUGCAAUUCAGCUGGCGCAUGAUGUCGACAACACGCGAUACACGCCUUGGUCGGCUACUAUGUGGCGACUGUACCUCAUACUAAUCCCGCCCUAUUUGUGUGGAUGUCUCAAUGGUUAUGAUGGGUCUUUAAUGGGUGGCUUGAACGGCAUGGUGGCGUAUCAGAAAUAUUUUCACAUGACGGUGGCUGGCUCAAGCACUGGUCUUGUCUUCGCCAUGUACAACAUUGGCUCCGUAGCCGCGGUCUUUUUCACCGGGCCCACCAACGACUACCUGGGCCGACGGGCCGGUAUGUUCGCAGGUGCCCUCAUCGUCGUCAUCGGUACCUGCAUCCAAGCCCCCGCAACCACAAACGAAAUGUUCCUUGGCGGCCGUUUCGUCCUCGGAUUUGGUGCGUCCUUCUGCUCUGUAUCUGCCCCCUGCUAUGUCAGUGAGCUCGCACAUCCGAAAUGGCGUGGCACCAUCACCGGACUGUACAACUGCACCUGGUACAUCGGUUCCAUCAUUGCCAGUUGGGUCGUCUAUGGUUGCAGCUAUCUCAAUAGUGAUGACUCCAACUCCUGGCGCAUUCCGAUCUGGUGCCAGAUGAUCACCUCCGGCAUUGUUUGCUUGGGAGUUUGGUGGUUGCCUGAGUCUCCUCGCUGGCUGAUGGCACAGGAUCGGCUCGAUGAUGCCACCAAGGUGCUGGCCAACUACCACGGUGACAAUGAUCCGAGCCACCCCAUUGUGCAACUGCAAUUGAAGGAGAUGAGCCUGCAAGUCCGCACGGAUGCGAGUGACAAGACUUGGUGGGACUACCACGAGCUCUGGAACACGCACUCGGCUCGCAGGCGGCUAAUCUGCGUGCUGGGCAUGGCAUGCUUCGGCCAGCUGUCUGGAAACAGUCUCAGCAGUUACUACAUGGCUGCCAUGCUUCAAGCCGCUGGAAUCACGGACGAGAAGAAGGUCCUCGCUUUGAACGGCAUUAACCCAGCUCUGAGUUUCCUUGGUGCCAUUCUCGGUGCCAGAAUGACAGACACCGCAGGAAGGAGACCUCUCUUGAUUUACACCACCAUAUUCAGCUCCAUUUGCUUCGCCAUCAUCACCGGCACCUCCAAGCUAGCAACGGACGACCCAAGCCAGACCAACGCGGCCAACACGACCGUCGCCUUUAUUUUCAUCUUCGGCAUCGCCUUCUCCUUUGGCUGGACACCUCUACAGUCCCUGUAUAUUGCCGAGUGUCUACCGACCGCAACCCGAGCCAAGGGGACUGCCGUCGGCAACUUUGCGUCAGCCGCCGCCAGUACUAUCAUCCAGUACUCAAGUGCACCAGCCUUUGAGAAGAUCAAGUACUACUUCUACCUCGUCUUCGUCUUCUGGGACCUCCUCGAAGUCGCUGUUAUUUACUUUUUCUGGCCCGAGACUAAGGACCGGACGCUGGAAGAGUUGUCGGAAGUUUUUGAAGCGCCGAACCCGGUGAAGAAGAGCUUGGAGAAGCGGAGUGCGGAGACGGUGCUGAAUACGCUAAAAAUGGAGACGGACGAGAAGACUGUGUGA